AUGCCUAUCCAUCAUCGUGUAUUUUCAGCGCUCUUGGCUUUCUUGGCGCUAGCUAAUGCUGCUUCGGCGAGUACAGAAGCAUGUCUGCCUACAAACGAGAGGGAAAAUGGGAUGAAUAUCAACUUUUACGAGUAUGCGUUAGGUGACAAAUCCACAUAUACUGAUUCUGCAUAUAUGGCCUAUGGAUAUGCCAAUACAAAAAAAGUGGGCUCUGUUAGUGGACAGACGGCUCUUUCCAUUUAUUAUGACAUUCCUUGUGAUAGCACUCCCACAUGCUCUGACGAUGAUUCCACCCCUACUAAUGAAGUUGCGCUUAUGAAGCGUUACGAUGAAAACUGUUCCAGUGGAAAUGUUCCUAUGAAACGAGAUACAGCUGAUUGCAACCCAGAUGCUGCUUAUUGGAGUUCAGAUCUAUUUGGCUUCUAUACUACUCCAACAAACGUAACUGUGGAAAUGACAGGCUACUUUUUACCACCAGAAAAUGGUUCUUACACAUUUACCUUUCCAAGGGUAGAUGACUCAGCAAUUUUAUCAGUUGGAGGUGACGCUGCAUUCGGAUGCUGCGAACAACAGCGAUCACCUGUCACUUCAACCGAUUUCACAGUCGAUGGUGUCGGAAAACAGGACGAGUAUGUCGAAGGGUCAGUAUACAUGUAUGCUGGUUACUACUACCCAAUGAAAAUAGUUUUUUCGAAUGCUAAUUCUUCGGCUACACUUCCAAUUUUAAUGACAUUACCAAACGGUACUACUAUUUACGAUGACUACGAAGGGUUUGUCUAUUCUUUUGACAAUAACCUGGCUCAAGCCAACUGUACUAUUACAGAUCCUGCAAGACACACACUUGCUGCCAUAGCAAGGACCAGAACAGCACCAUGGACAGGAGCAUAUACAACAACACUGACACAAACGUCUUUUUAUACUGGCGUGAACGGUUUGACUACGUACGAGACCAUUUACGAGAUUGAAACACCAACUAGUGUUCUCUCAUCCAAUAGUCCAUCUACUCACAGAUCAACUGAACCUACCACAUCAUCCGAAUAUCUAACCACCAGUGCUACUACAUCUACUGAAACGAGAGUUGUCAGUUCCCUGGCAUCAUCUACUAAUUUAACUACGAGCGCUGCUACAUCAUCUCAAACUGAGACCACUAGCACUGCUACAUCAUCUGAAGUCGA